CGAGGAGCAGGUUUGGCAACAGUGCCUUAUCUUAAAGGAACAACCAAGGUUGUGUGAGGUUGGAAGCAGGGAGUAGCAGGACCUAAGGCCUGGAUUUGGCGGCCGGAAGGAAGGAGCAAGCGUGGCAUCCCUCUCCUCCUCUCAUGUCCCCUCCCUGUGUGUCCUUGCAUGUCAGUGCCCCCUCGUCAUUCCCCCCGUGUCUCACCCUGCCAGCCCUCUGUGUUCCUCCCCCUCAUGCUUGGGACAGACCGGCCCCACCGUCAGACCAAUGACUGCCUGGAUCAUACUGCCUGUCAGCCUGGCUGCCUUCUCCAUCACUGGCAUAUGGAUAGUAUAUGCUAUGGCUGUAAUGAACCACCAUGUUUGUCCUGUCGAAAACUGGUCAUACAAUGUGACGUGCACAGAAGAAACAGCCAAACCGGGCUUCCCAAAAACAUGCUGCACCCUUCAAGACAUCCCCCUCAUCAGUAAAUGUGGAUCCUACCCUCCCGAGAGCUGUCUGUUCAGUCUUAUCGGUAAUGUGGGAGCUUUCAUGGUGGUGAUGGUGUGUUUACUACGGUAUGCUCAGAUCAUCGAACACAGGAACCACUGCUGGCUCAACACCAGUGGACUUGUGUCCGGAUGCACCAAUGCUGUGGGACUCGUCAUGGUGGGCAACUUCCAGGUGGACCACGCUAAAACACUUCACUAUGUGGGUGCAGGCGCCGCCUUUCCUGCAGGAAUUCUGUUCGUGUGUUUGCAGUGUUUGCUGACCUACAGGGUCGCUGUCACCGCUCUGGACUACUGGAUGGCUCAUGUGCGUGUGGCUCUGGCUACUGGAGCUCUCAUCACACUGGUUCUCAGUGGGAUAUUCUUCAUCCACGAGAGCUUCGUCUUACAGCAUGCAGCAGCCAUCUGCGAAUGGGUCUUCACAGUGGUCAUCCUCAUCUUUUACGGGACUUUUACCUACGAGUUCGGAACUGUAACAACAGAGACCAUGUUGGCCGGCCUCCAGCGGAACCUCUCGCAUGGGCCCGGCGUCAUGAUCGGAGACGAUGUCCAAGCUGGCACCCUGGGAAGCAGCACCACAACAAAGAGUUUGAAAUCUCCAGGAGGAAGCAGCACCUCCACCCAUCUGAACUGCACUCCUGAGAACAUCGCAAUGCUUUAAACACAGAAGUACAAACACACACACAGUCACAUACUGCCACGUGAGAUGCCGCCUCACGAUGGUGCUCCCACACAGAAAUCAAACUGAUUUAGAGGACGUUUACAUGACACAUUUUUCUAAAACUGGGAAAUGUCGUUUGCGCUUUGGCUGUUUGUUUACAUGACAACAGCAUUUUGAAAAAACAUUUAAAGUGCAAUUUUUGGAAAAUGAUGGCACCAUCUUUUUGUAAACUUUCAAAAACAUGAAUUUGUUAAAAAUGGGGACAUCAUGUAAAUGCAUAUUGAUAAGGAUAUAUAUGGGAUACCCAUUGCCUUCAAAUUACUAAUUAAAUGAGCUACACUACCUGACAAAAGUCUUGUCAUCGAUCCAAGUUUUAAGAGUAACAAAUAAUAACUUGACUUCUACUUGAUCAUUUGGAAAAGUGUCAGAAGGUAGAUUUUCUCAGAUGAAUCGUGUUGAGCUGCAUCCCAAUCAUCACAAAUACUACAGAAGACCAAUAGGAACCCACAUGGACCCAAGAUUCUCAUAAAUACAAUCAAGCUUGGUGAAGGAAAAAUCGUGGUUUGGGGUUACAUUCAGUAUGGGGACGUGCGAGAGAUCUGCAUUGUGAAUAGCAACAUCAACAGCCUGAGGUAUCAAGACAUGUGUUGCCCAUUACAUUACAAACCACAGAAGAGGGCAAAUUCUUCAGCAGGAUAGUGCUCCUUGUCAUACGUCAGCCUCCACAUCAAAGUUCCUGAAAGCAAAUAAGGUCAAGGUCCUGCAGGAUUGGCCAGCCCAGUCACCAGACAUGAACAUUAUUGAGCAUGUCUGGGGUAAUAUGGAGGAGGAGGCAUUGAAGAUGAAUCCAAUGAAUCUUGAUGAACCCUGGGAGUCCUGCAAGAACUUUUCUUUGCCAUUCCAGAUGACUUUAUUAAUAAGUGAUUUGAGUCAUUGCAGAGAGAUAUGGAUGCAGUCCUCCAAGCUCAUGGGAGUCAUUAAUUCAUAUUAAUUCUUUUUCCACUGCACCAUGAAUUUAUAUUCUAUACUGUACAUUAUUUCUGUUAAGUUACAAGACUUUUGUCUAAGUAAAGUCAGACCUUACUGUCCUAAUUAAAAAUCAAGACAUGAUGGUAAAAUAAGCGUAAUCUAGAGGCCUUUGCCUUUCAUAUAAGCCAAUUUUGAUCAACUAGAAGUCAAGUUAUUAUUUGUUGUUCCUAAAACUUGGAUAGACGCAAGACUUUUGUCAGUUAGUGCAUGUGCAUAAUUAUAAAAAAUGAAGUUAAGUGAAUGUAACACUUCUAAGUUACAACAGAA